AUCGCUGGCAACGAAGCUUCAGUGCUUCAGUGCUGUUCGGUUCAUCUGUGCUUCAGCGUAGUGCUACUGGCACUGGCAGUGCCCUAACUAAGGUCUCCUCGGUCUCAUCUCAUCUCCAUGAUGGCUUCUUCCUCCUCCUUCUCUUCCUUCUUCGGCAUCGAGCCUCUCGACGGAGGCGACGGCGACGCCUACCGCCGCGCCAUGGACGCCUGCUCCCUCUGCGGGAAGCGCCUCGCCGGGGACCGCGACAUCUUCAUGUACAGAGGGGACACGCCGUUCUGCAGCGAGGAGUGCAGGCACCACCAGAUGGCCAGGGACGAUUUCGGCGCGGCGUUGAAGACGGAGCCGCGUCCGGCAAGGAGAGGGGAGCGACGCCGCCGCAGGCACGAGGCUCCUGCCGCCGCCGCCGCCGAGCCGGCCCGUGUCCCGCUAGCGCCAAAUGUGCCCGCCGUUGUGAUCUAGUGGUGCAGUGGUUAUAGCUGCCACAGAGCGGCAUCCGACCGGCUUCUCUCAAGGAACCAACCAGCGAACUGUCCGGUCGAGAUGAGUAGCGGCGGCAGAGAAUACGUUUGUGUGCAAGCAACAAGGAACCAACCACGCUGUUCAGUAUCUCUGUGUUCUUUCGGUUUCUUCUGCUGUUGUUUGCCUUGUUGGUCACUUUUCUUUCUGCACGUGCUGAGCAACCAGUUGUGAGAGAAAUGGAUGUACAUAACGGCAUGUUCAUGCAA